AACGUUCGAAACUAAAAUUGGAAUUGGGAAAUAGGAAAUACCCUAAACCCUGGGGAGAGCGGUUUUCCCUCCUCUUCUUUCUUCUCCGAUGAAUUGAAGAACAUCAAUCUAUGGUGAAAAUGAGGAUUAAGCUUCUUCCUACUAGACGAAUACACUCCUACAGUUCUAUCGACCACUUAACUUCCGGCUUAAAAUCAGUUAAUCUUCAUCAUUUUGCAGCGUUCAGGUGGAAAGAGCUUGAUAAUUUUGUACCUAACUCAAAUAGAUGGUGGCGAGGAAGAUCCUAUGUUCCGUCUGUUGCUUCAGAUAUACCCGGUCCUGUGAAGGAUCGUAAACGUGUCCCUAUAGAAAAACGGCGAGCGAUGAUCGAAUCUUUUGUGCACAAGUAUAAGGCAUCAAAUACUGGGAAGUUCCCUUCGUUAGCAACUACUUUUAAAGAAGUAGGUGGCUCUUACUAUGUUGUUAGGAAAAUCAUUCAGGAGCUUCAGAAUGAAUCUUCAUUGUCUUACUUAAAGGGUAGAAGUAAAAAGUCGUUUCAAGAAACAGAAAUCAAAAGUAAUGGAAGCUUAACUGAAGAGAGCCUUAAUGUUAGUGGAAAACAUUUGGAAGCAGCAUCUGAAUUGCAAAAGUCCUCUUGUGCUGAGAACACAUUGUCUGCUGCUGAUGAUGUUAGCCAUUCUGUCCUUCCAAUGAGAAGCAAUCUUUUGGAGGACUCUGAGGACAUUAUUUCUUCUCAUAAGAAACCAUAUGAUGAUGAUAAGAAGUUUGACAUUUCUCAACAAGUUUCUACUGAAAGCCAUGCACUAAAAAAUGAACGAGAUGUGGUCUCUGAUGUUCACCUUGAAAGUAGAACAUCUGAAGAGCUGAAGCAUGAAGAAGGUCCAUACGGUAAAGAGCAACAAGUUCAGAGUUCUCCUGAAUUACACAGAGUGAACAUUAAGACUAGGACAGUGGAUGAGGCUCAGCAUACAGCAAUUGAAUCAAAACCAUGGGGAGAACGUAUUAAGUCAAUUGUAGAUGGUAUAUUCAACAUGUGGAGGAAACGUUAAAUCCGUCUUAGAAGUGUUAACCGGAGCUUAUAUCUCAAAGUAUCGGAAAAUACAGCAGUCUUGAUCCGCUUUUUUUGUCGGGAUUAUUGCCUAAAAUCUCAACGUCUUAUAAUUUAUCCUCUUUUGUAGAUCUAUCCUAUGUUCAAUUCCUGUUGUUGUUUGGCUUUCUUCAAAUACCUUUUGAAGCUUAUUUGGGGAGGAGCUGAUUUGGUUUGGCAUCUGAUCUUGAUACACUUUCGGACUCUAGCUUAUCCUUUCCUGAUUCUUUUAUUCACAUCGAAGAAAUUCUCGAUAGUGAGAAGCAUUUGCUCUUAAUUGAAUUUUAUAAGAUAGAAGACUAGGAGCCUAGAAAUAGGAGACCUUAGGCAUAUGGCACAUCAUUGGAUCAAGGGAUCACAUAAAACUGUCCAAAAUCUAAUUAGCUAUAAAAAUAAAGGACUAAUUACUUAGGCUUCUAAGAGUACUUGAAGACGAUGCUAAAUAGAAGUUUUGAUUUCCUAGUUUUGUUUA